ACACACACACACACACACACACACACACAGAAUGCUUUUCAAGGACACUAAAAAGAGUGUGCCUCUGGGAGCUUCACACCUGUACAUUAUUAUUGCCAUGAGAGGGAGGUGAAAUUCAGUGUUCAUUUGUCUAAAGGUCAUAUUCUACUGCAGUUCAAUGUCAUCUUUGAUCAAAAAUACUUUACAAAUAUGUUCCUUUUUUAACUAAAGGCUAUCAUAAAGUGUGAUGUUGUUAUUGACUUAAAUAGAUAGAUAGAAUCUUUAUUAUCAUUGUAUACAAGGACACAACAAAACUUUGUUAGCAGCAAUCUUCAACAGCAGCGUUUACAAAAACAACAAAAAUAGUUCGCAUAGACUACCUAUCAUAGGUUUUCUUUAAUGUGAAAACUUAGCCUUAUUAAAGCAAAAGUAUUUUUCAAGCAAUAAUCUUCAGAGAAAAUACUGUUACUGUUGCAUUACUGCUGUGAAGCUAGCCUGCUAGCUGCUAGCUUAAUCACCUGUGUUUCUUCGGGAGCGUGCCUAUGUUCCCACAUUAAAAUAUAAAUAUGUAAGUAUCACACCUUGAAUUGUGCGUAUGGAGCUGUUACUCCAUAAUUCCACCUUUUUCUUAUGAAAUUACAAAAAUAAUGGCAAAAGACAUUGAAGGAAUAGACCUGGUCACAGGUUUUCAUGUUAUAUAAUGUGCAACUUCAGUCUGAAAAAGGAAAUAUAUUCCCAGCAAUUGAACUAAUACUAUUUUAUUUCACAAAACAUUUUUUCCUUGUUAAUACAUUUAAUAUAUUACAUCCUGUUGCUCAACAUUUUCUUUCAUCCGCAAGCUGUUCCUCAUGAUAUUCCCUCAGUGUGUCGCAGUGACUUACAAAGUGGUUUUAAAGAUGAAACAUUUAGGCAGAAGACCUAUAGUGUUAUUCAAUAAAAACACACUGUCAUCUUGAUAACUAGAGAGUAGAACUACUACAAGACUGUGGGGUGUGUUAACCAAUCACUCGUGCUGUGAAACAUGAUUCAAACCAUACGUAGACCUGUAUCUCAGUGUCCUGACGUCCCCCUACGUCUACUUCAUUGCCUAUCACAGCAGGAAAGGGCAAUAAUCCUAACUGACAACAGUGUGUUCAGGCCCCCAGGUCAAACAGACAGAGUGUGAUUACUGUAGAUCACACAUGUUAAGGGGUGUGUUGGCUUAUUAAGUAGCCUAUAGUCCUUGUUUGUUUGUUUUAAUUCAGUCCAAAGUAAUGUGGCUGUAUCCUGUGGUACAACUGUCAGUAGGCGACAGGGAAACAACAAUCCAAAGCAAAAAACAAACACUUUGUCUGGUAGAAAGUAAAUAAUGAGAUACAGUUCACAGCAGACUUAACAGUUUCUGUACAUUCAGGUUAGCCUGGAGGACUGUAUUCAAAUGAAGCGGUGGAAGGUGAUAAGCUCAUGGAAAUUAUGUUAACUGCUUGGAGUAAAAGGAGUGAACCAGGAACCAAAGUGUUUCUGACUGGGUUCAUGUUGCUAUGUUUUACUUCUUAAAGUCAGCUGAAAAAAAACAUUUUAGCUCUGCUGCAUCAGCUGAAUCAUAAAUAAGAAUAUAAGUGCUACACUGUGAGCAGUCGAAGUGGGUUUUUUUUAUCAUGGGAAGCUGUUUAGAAAAUAAUAAAUGAAGAGAGUGAGGCGUUUGUGCCUAAAUAUUCAGUAAAUGCCUAGGUUACAUUACAACAUUUGAAUUGCCCCCCGGGGACAAAUAAAGUUUUUUGAAUUGAAUUGAAUUGAAACAACAUACCAUAACCAAUAACAACUUCAUGAAUCCAAAAAACUAUUAGAUGCUAUCAGAUUUGGCAUGUAACCUACUUCUAUUAAAACAAUGAUGCCCCUAUUUUUGGCCUUGUAUGUCAAACGUUGAAAACAGUACUUUGGCUUUUGAUGCAGAACAUUUAAAGCAUAUUAUUGCCUUUUCCUCUAAAUCUAAAAAAAAAGCCGGUUUUCAGUGAAGCCUGAUACAUGUGGGCAGGACGCGCAGCUUAAGGAGAGUGUGUUCUGCUCUGUGAUUGGCUGAGCAGCGCUACGUGUACAUCAGUCAGCUAACAGGUAGCUCACAUGUGACAGUUAUCUGCGUGUGUGUGUGUGGGUGUGUGUGUGUAAGUGUGUGAGUGAGUGUGUGUGCGUGUGUGUGUGUUUCAGCUGCACGGAGCCGCUCUUUCUGCAUGAUGCUGCUUUCAAUGACCGGCUGCAUGCUGCUGAUUUCUCUGUAAACACUCAGGAAGGAGACUCUUUACUUUAAGGACUGUCGGUCGAAGCUGUGAGAUCUUUUGCUGCCACACAGAAAAAAAGAAGUUGAAGGAGGCAGCAGAAUGAGGUCCAAAGGGAAGGCUACCAAACCAUCCAGAAUGACCUGGUCUGAUCCUGAUCCAGAUCCGGAGCUAGAACCAGACACUGAACCAGGCUCCAGCGAGCAGGAGGGCUCAGAGGCCUCCGUCCGGAUCGGCAGCUCCUGGAGAGGGUCCCUGAGGAGCGGGGGCCGCAAGCGACAAGGAGGAACCGGAGGAGGAGGAGGAGGAGGAGGAGGAGGAGGCCGGAGACGCAGGCAGCGCAGCUCCAGCAACAAGGAGCGCAGCGUCAGACGACUGGAGAGCAACGAGAGGGAACGCCAGCGCAUGCACAAACUCAACAACGCCUUCCAAGCGUUACAAGAGGCCAUCCCCCACGUCAAGACCGACAAGAAGCUGUCCAAGAUCGAGACCCUGACCCUGGCCAAGAACUACAUCAAAUCCUUAACCGGCAUCAUCCUGGACAUGGGGGCCUGCCUGCCUGCUGAAGGGGUCCCAUCAGAGGACAGCGCUGCCAAGCUGCUCCAGUGCUACCAGCAGCACCUGGAGGAGGAGGGGGAGGCAGAUCUCACCCAGUACCUCACCCACGUGCACAGCUUGAGCCAGCGCAGUUAGCAGAGGUUGAAUGUGGUUUUGAAACCAGAAGAGACUCCUUGAAGCUAUUUCCAAGGCAGCGAGAGAGAGGCUUUGGAAGACCUUUUGGGGCCAUGUUUCAAAGGAUAUCCAGUUUGUUCUGAGUCCAAACUGUUCUGGGAAACUGGUCCGAGGUGGGGCGCUCUGUAGAUACUAGGAACCCACACCAGACAAUAGGAGGGGCAAUGUCCAUAAUGUGUCCUUCAUGCAAAGUGUGGAUGACCAUCCAUCUAGAGGGCACAAAGAAUGAUAACUGGACAGUGAAAAGCUACAUGGAUCAUGGUUAGAAAGUGUAAAAAAAGACCCUUUUAUUAUUGUCCUUUUUCAAUGAAGGGGCCCCUCUGUCUCUUAUUUCUCAUUUUCUUAGGUUUAAGCGGUGCAGGAAAGUUGUUCUCUUUUGUGUUAUCUCGUGAUCGUCUCAUUUGUUUGCUGUUAAGAAACCCGCCGAUCGCAGCCUCUAGUCAUAACUGUCACGUCCAGGAAGAGAAGAAAGACAAGCAGGAGGUCUAAAUAUUUAAAAUUUAAAAGGCUUGCUAGAGUGUUUACUCGUUUCUUCAUCUUCAAAACAUGAUCAACUUGUCUUUUUACAGGUUGUGCAUUAUAGCCAGAAGGCAAAGGAUGUUUUUAAGAUGUUUGUUUUUUGACUUUUUGUGAGGCAGGAUAAUGAGGUGAUAAAAGAUGAGGAGCAGAGGGUGUGUCAUCAAUAAACACAUUUAUUUAUUGACAGGGACUAUUAUUUUGGUCAUGCAUGACACACGAGAAAUGUUUUCCACGAUGAAAGAACGGUGGUGUUACAGUAACACAUAAAGAGAUGUUAUUGACAGAUACUACAGACUGCUCUCUGUACACUUUCAGCAUUUCAAAGCUGCUUCAGAUUGAACAUAACAUUAGGAUGUGAGACAGCUGUUAACAUAAAAUAAUGCCAGAGCUGAUAAAACAUCAUCAGUGUGGUCGCUUUAUCAAUAUUUUUUUUUUAAACAGAAAGCUGCAUUUUCACCAAAUUUCUCUUUUGUCAAAUGUACAAACACUACCACACUUUAUUAUAUCACCACUUGAAUGACUGUGUAAUACUCAUAUUUUACAGAUUUACAGGUAUUUUACAAAUAAAGCAUUUUGAAUGUC